CGGAAAAGAGCUUUCCAAUCUGAUUUGGAGUUCAUCUUCAACCUUCGUCAGGGGGUCUGUUUCAGUGUUGUUAUGGUCUCAAGAGAGGUGUAGUUUGUAAUGAAUGGUCUCAAGAGGCACGGCCAGAGCAAUUUGAAUAGAUCGUCGAGCUCCGCCUUCGAACAGCAUGUGGCCUUUCGCGAGAGGGAAACGAGCGUCGAAGGAGAAGGCCGCGGAGACGAGUGGCGAGGGUAAACACCGGGAGGAGGAUGGCCUUCUUCAAGAACUCGGAGUGACGGAUCGGCUGCGCGAAUUCGUCAAAACCUUCACCGUCGACACCUUCAGAUCGUUCCCCCUUCAUGAUGAUCAGGCUGCAGACCCUGCCGACGUCUGCUCCCAGUCUAAUGUCAGGAAGGAUCUCACGGAGUGGCAGGAGCGGCAUGCUACUCUGGUUCUCUCCGAAGUCAAGGAAAUUGCACAGCUUCGAUAUGUUUUGUGCCCUAGGCAUCUGAAAGAAAGACAGUUCUGGAGAAUAUAUUUUCAACUUGUUAAGAGCAAUGUCGCUCCAUAUGAGAUGCAUGCCAUACAGAAAGCAAGGAUGAAAAAGUUGGAGAUGGAGGUAGAAGAAUCAUUAAUCAAGGGUGCUAUUGAGGUCGAGAUGGCGGAAACAAACCAUGGAAGUGGUUCAUCGAUGACACUGAUAAGUAAAGAGAAUUCUCUCUUGAAGGAUGAUAUCGAUAGAGUUGUAAGGGCAGGUGAAUCCUCGGCGUCCGCUGACACAACUGAUGCAAAAGUUUGAGAUACAAGUUUCUUGCAAGUGCAUGGACCAAACCUUGAUUUCCUUCAUCCGUUGUUGGCAUCCCCAUUAUUGACUUUCGAACAACAGCUGUCUUACCACUUAGCAUGAUGACUUCAUCCGUUGUUUAUCAUGUGUUUCUUCCUUCUUGGUCUGGAACUGUUCUAGAAGCAUGUGGAAGCCCGUUCAAGGUUGAGAACAGACAGGGACACGGUGUUCAGAUGUAGAAGAAAGGUGUCAUCGUAGGUCAUGGGCAGUCCUAAAAGAUGUGCUUGGCUUAUUGUUGAUAGUUUAAACCUCAUUGUUAGAAUGGUCAAAACCCCUCCUUUUUUCCCCUUGAGGUGGAGCUUCUUUUCUGUGUCUGUUCCUGAUCGGUUGCUUUGGUGAAGUGUACCGUGACUGAUCCAUUUUGACCAGGUGUUACUUGUUGUUCAAAUUCAAGUGAAUUCAAAAUCAUGUAAAGCUUAAUAUGAGAGGCUUAUGGUGUGCA